AUGCCAAUUUCCUGCAAAAAUAUAAAAAUUUUAAAAAAUGCGUUUUUUUUAUGUAAAGGUGUAAAAAAUGUAAAAAAGAGCUAUUUAAGUUCAUAUAUAAGGAAAGACGCUGAAAAUUAUUCGAAAUAUUUUAAAAACUCAUGUUCCUUAAUUUUAUCUUCGGGUACAGGUGGGACAGAGGCAUGUGAUUUUUGUAAUAUGUUAUAUAAUAUGUAUAUGAAAUAUUUAGGUAAACUCAAAAAUCGAAAAAAUAUAAAAUAUGAAGUUAUAGAUAUAAGUAAAAAUGAAAUAGGUAUAAAAAAAGUAGAAAUAAAAGUUGACGGAGAAUAUAGCUUUUAUAAUUUAAUAUCAGAAAAAGGAAUACAUAGAUUAGUACGAAAUUCACCAUUUAAUGCACAAAAUAAAAAAAUGACAUCUUUUGUAAAAGUUGAUGUAAUACCGAGCUUAAGCUAUAAUGAUACAAAUGUAGUAAAUUUUUUAAAUAUUAAUGAAAAUGAUAAUGUUUCACUAAAAAAAAAUAAUAAUACACGUAAUAUGAAUGAAAUGUUGAUUAAUAAAAGUGACUUGGUUAUACAAACUAUGAGAUCAGGUGGUAAAGGAGGACAAAAUGUUAAUAAAGUUGAAACAGCAGUUAGAAUUAUACAUAAACCUACUAAUAUAUCUGUAAAGGUAUCUAGUGAAAGAUCUCAAAUUUUAAAUAAAAGAAUAGCAUUAAAAAUGAUUUAUGAAAAACUUUUAUAUUUACAAAUAGAAGCUUUGAAAAAUGUAAAAUAUGAAUUGUCUAAUAAAAGUUUAACUCAUUUUGGUGAACAAAUCAGAAAUUAUAUUCUUUAUGGAAAUAAAAUGAUUAAGGACACACGAACAAAUGUUUUCUCUACUGAAAUUGAUAAAAUUUUAUCUCAAGGCGAAAUUGAUAUAUUUGUUGAAGCUUAUCAAAAAUGUUUAUAA